AUGAUCCUGCCCGCCUUCUCUACCGCCCUAGUGGCGGGCCUCCUCCCACUCGCUGCGGCCCUCGCUGCAUUCUCGGCAAUGACAGACUACACCAUCCCUCCAGCUGUGAUUAAAACGCUGAUGGAAUCCGAUAAAGAAUGCGUCAUGCCUUGGGGGUUCAACAUCACCAACUUCAUGAUCUUCACCCCCGCCCCCGGCAACAAUCACUCCCAACUCAUUAGCUUUGACUUUUUCGACGACCCCACCAAAAUCGCGACAUCCUGCGCCUUCAAUGAAAGUUCGGUCAAUGUCGCUCCUUUCGAUUUCACCCCUCGCUAUCCAUGUGAUGACUGGCGGGUAACCUUUAUGUGGAACAACGCAACACAAGGCCUGGAGAUGAUUGAAAGGGCCUGCCCAGAUGUCUUAACAACUUCUAUGGAGGCUUCCGGGUCGAUAUGGGUAAAUGGAACCUUGAGCUGCCUCGAGGAUGAUGCGAACGGUGCGUAUGGUCCUGGACUCGAUUGCAUCUCAUUUCGAAAGUAUGAGGCAAAGUACUACAGCCUUCAGCCCACACCGUGGUAG